UCUCCUCCUCGGUGUAGCGAGACAACAUGGCGGCCCUGUGGAAGGUUGUUUCCAGCGUCAGGACGUGUGGAGCCCGUCUCCCCGCCGACAGGUUCUCCAGAACCUCCUCCUCCUUCAGCUCGGACUCCGGCGCCGACCAGAGACCCAGAACCGGCGGCUUCGCUGCCGCCUUCGACCAGCAGUCGGAGCUCCGGCGGCGGGAGGCGGAGAGCUCCGUGGCCGGCGGCAGCGUCUCUUCCCCCGGGCAGGAGCACAGCUUCGCCUCGCUGCUGCGCCGGUCCCCGCUGAUCCAGAUGGGACCGGCUAAAAACAGAGUGGUGAUCGGGAGGAUCAUCCACGUAGUUCAGGACGACUUGUACGUCGAUUUCGGCGGGAAGUUCCACUGCGUGUGCCGGCGGCCGGCGGAUGGAGAGAGGCUGCAGCGGGGCAGCAGAGUCCGUCUGCGGCUGCAGGACACGGAGCUCACUGCCCGCUUCCUGGGAGCCAAGAUCGACACCACGCUGCUGGAGGCCCAGGCCGUACUGCUGGGCCCGCUGGAGGGACGGGAAGCCCGGGAGACCCAGAACCAGGACUGAUCGCGGGGGACUGGCGCAGCCCGCUGAAGCUUAAAUCCCCAGUUUUCUAAAGGGAGUCUGGCGGGACUCGGACUGUGGACUCACCUGGACAUUUCAGUCCGUUUAACCCUCGUGUUGUCUUCCCAUCGAACAUGCAACUUAUAUGUCAUUUCAAAUCAAAAUUAUUAUUUUUGGUGACGUUUUUUCAAAAGAUGUCGACACUUUUUUCAAUUUUUAUUUGAAUAAAAAUAUAUUAUUUUUAAUUUCCGAUGUUAUUGUCGAUUUUUUUUUGGGCUCUUUUUGUUAUGACUUUAUUUUUUUCAAACGCUAUAAAACACC